AUUGUUUUAAACAAAAUAUAUUCUGCAUAUUUAUUCAACUAUCGAGAUAUCGUUUGUAAAGUACUUAACAUUGAAAUGGGAUAUUAUAACAAACUAUGUGAUUUUGCUUCUUCAAAAAGUAAAGAUGUUCAGAAAUAAAAUUUGAUAUGAUAACUUGCAGAUUAAAGACGGGAUGUCUCGCCGCUGUUGUCAUGUUCUGUGGAUAUAUUCCCUUGUUUGCAUGGAUAUAUAUGAGCAAAAAGUACGAAAAUAGUAUCCAAGUAGACACUCCUGUCCAUAAGCAGUCACGUGACAAAUCUGUGCGUUCAUUUCAUGUAUUUGACAGCUCAUUCAUUAAUGUAAAAGAUUUUCGAAAUACAGAAUAUAAGUUCGUACACUAUUCUUUGCUCAAUAUUUCCUAUCCUUUUAAUUGUACUGAGACAUUAGAUCGGGCAUCACAGAAGAAUGGUAAUAAAAUCCAAGAACCAGAAGACAUUCUUUGUAUGAAGAGACCAAAACUUCUGGAGAAUUAUAAGAACCCAUGCUGGAUUGAAGAUGGACGACUUCGUUGUCUACCGUACUUCCACAUUUUUGGUGUAUGUAAAUCAGGAACGACAGAUUUAUUCCGUCGGUUGGUGAUACAUCACCAGAUUAUACCAAACAAAGGAAUUACGAAAAAGGAAACAUGGUUCUGGUCAUGGAAACGGUAUGGUGAACAUUGGGACGGUCAAAUUGCAACACUGAAGAAUUUUACCGACACAUUCGAUGUUUUACCACAACGACUUACAUAUAGUUAUGACUUAGAUAUGUACUAUUCACAUUUUGUGGCAGGUCAUGGCGAUCCAAUGGACAUCUGGUACCCUUUUGAUUGGAAAUUGAUACCCCAGAAUGAUCCUACAUCAGAAGAACCAGUAUAUAUCACACCAAAUCUGAUAUACCAUUUAAAUCCGAAUAUAAAGUUAAUUCUUGUUAUACGAGACCCAGUUGAAAGACUCUACAGUCAUUACAUACAUAAGAAGUUGGGCAACAAAAUCCAUCCCAGUGCCAAAGAAUUUCAUGAAGAUGUUCAACAUGCUGUUUCUACUUUUUCUAAAUGUAUCAAAAACAAAACUUUUCGGGCAUGUUUAUAUGAUACAGUUCUAUAUAAAGAAUUGCGGGUACCAAUAUCCUCAGGGUUUUACAGUACUUUUCUGCGAGAUUGGUUGAAGGUCUUUGACAAAGAUCAGAUUAUGCUUAUACGUACGGAAGACUACCGCCGCAAUAUAGCGGGAACUCUGACUAAAGUGUUCAAAUUCUUAAAUCUAGACGUAGUAGGACCAUCUGUGCUGGAGAAGAUGGCAUGUAGAGAGAUGGAGUAUAAAACAAAUUACAGAACGACAAUGAUGAACGAAUCGAGAAGCCUUUUAGAAACAUUUUAUUCCGACAGCCAGCGCGACAUGGAAAGUUUACUAGACGAAUAUGGAAUAGACAUAUUAGUUAAGUCACAAGAUGACAUGGCCCGUCAAAUAAACUGUUCAAGAUUUUUUUCCAAAAUGCCUUUGAUGUCGAAACUUAAAGGAAAACAAAUCAAACGCUAUUUUGUCAGUAAGAAAAAUGCCACUAAAUAUUACCGGAAUAAAUAUUCACCUCGUUGAUUUAAUUUUCGAUUCUAGAUUUUAUUUUGAAACAAAAUUUGCAUUUAUUAUAUCGAAGCUAUCAUUUAUAUGGAAACAUUUGGUCAGGAUGCAUAUGUAUCACAGCAUGCACUCGAACACUCUCUGAAGUCUCGUGGCAAGGUGGUACUCCCGAGUGUGCGUGGUCGUGGGUUCGAGUUUGAUCGAACCGAAGACGUGGUCUGUUUAUUUAUCACUGCUUUUCCGCUAAAAACGCGGACAUUGGCAAUAAGAGGAAAAACUUGUCGGCUCAGUCUGACAGAGACUCAGUGGCGGAUACAGAACUUUUCAUAAGGGGGGCCCACUGACUGCCUAAGAGGGAGCCCGCUCCAGACAUGCUUCAGUGAUUUCCUAAAUAAUCGACCAUAUUUUUCCUACAAAGGGGGGGGGGGGGCCUUCGAAAACCCUUUAAAUCCGCCUCUGAGAGUCAGAAUAAUGUGUCCAUAUAGAGCAACGAAGAGUGUCAUUCUUCCUGUUGACUUUUAGCUUGUUGAAUAGCACGCUAAGUAUCCAAUCUAGUGUGACAGUGGUUUAUAAACAGUGUAAACCAACUUAAUUUCGCAAGUAACUUAAUUUCACGACACUCGCGGGUAUCUAAAUAACGCAAAUAAAACAAACUAUGGCCUUUUCUUAAUCAAAUACAUCAAUACGAAUAAAAAAUCGCGAAAGAAAUCGUCGCGAAUUUAGGUCUGAAGGGCUUAACACGAAAUGAAGUAUUUUGCGAAAAUUAGUCGGUUCACAGUAUAUCGCAUUAACAUGCUCAUGUCUUGUUAUUCAUUUAAUAAUUGCAACUGUACAUUAAACAACAAUCCAUAUAAAAUAUACGAAAAGCCUGCUACAUCUCUUUUCGUUGAUUAAACGGUUAUUCAUACCACUCGUAUGUUUUAUGUUGUAAUGAAGUUAAAGUAUAACGUAUUAAAUUUUAAGAAUGCCGUUACCACAAAGCAAAAUGAAGAUAAAAAAGAAUUACUUAUCCAUAUAACAUUUAAACAUAUAAUAUUUGAUGUAAUCGAUAGUGAAUAAUAAUUUUGCAGGGCCUUGGUGGCCGAGUGGUUCUAAGUAAUCCAUCUACUGUAUCACUAGCCUGUCAACACUGAUGUUGUGAUUUUAAGCAACGCGCGUGGCAGGUUCGUUCGACUCCAAUCUGAAUUGACUAGGAUUGUCAGUUUUCCUGCCGAAGGUCAGUGUUCUUUGGUGGGGUUUGGGGGGGUUAAUGAAUCGAUAGAAAAAGUUUUAUUGUAACAUCCUUAAUGUUUAAUACGAUGAACUUCAUUCCAAUACUGGGAAAUUACAUUUAUAUUUUUUGAGAAUUUUUCCAAAUUCGCAUGCAUAUUUAACAUUAAACUUAACCAGAUGCUUAUUUAGUGGUGUGCCUCCUCAAAGAGGCGAAAAAAUAAUGACGUGAUACUUAUUCAAUAGACUAUUUUCAUAUUACCGACUUUUGACUCCGGAUUAUAUAAUUUUUCGACAGGUUACAUACUAUGUGGUAGGACAUUCUGGUACUUGGUCAAUUAAGAGCAACCAAAAAAAAGUAAAAUCCAACACAUAAUCGGUGCAACUUGGAUGGAAAGUUUACUGUUUUCUCAUGAUUUUGUCAUGAAUAGAUAACAUUAAACAGUUAAUCCCCCCCCAAAUUGUACCGAUUGUAAGCUUGAUUUUUACUUUUUUUAAGUGGCCCUUACUUGACCGAAUACCAGGAUGUCCAACCACUGUAAUGUGAUAACAUUCUAUUAAAUCACGGACCUGUGAUGUUGCGAUUAUGUUCUAGUUGCUACCAAAGCAUACAUUGUUGUAACUUUUAAAACAACAAUAAUAUCACAAGUGUUUUACACAUUAUCAUGAUUAUAGCACACGAAGUAUUUAUUAAGUAUGAUUAAAGGGGCAUUAGCUACGAGAUAUAAAAAAAAUAUCUUUUUUUUUUGUUCAAUCAUUAAUGAAAGUGAAAUAGUGAAAUAAUAAUUCCCUUUUAACAGCCAGUUUGGUUCCGUUUUGUCAACAUAAGCAAAGAAACAUCGCUUAUGAAUCAUGCACUUGCAAGUGAAUAAUUCGACCUCAUUUAAUCCGUAUUCAUGUAUAGCAUAUAAGAGUGGAUAAGAGCAACAAUUGUGAAUAGUUUUAACUGUCCAUGAUUAUUUAUUUAUAUUUGAUUGUUAUAUUUCAGAAAUAUCAACAUCGUCAUACUUAUUAAAUUGUGGUUA